UUUAUGUUUGAACGUUUUUAAAAUUACUGGAUAUUAUCUCCUUGAUUUCUGUGAUUUAAUUCAAUUCAAAGUCUAAGUUUAGUUAGUUUACGUGUGAUGCAAACUUAUAGGUUAAGUUUGUUUUCAAAAUUGAGUUUUAAUAAAAAUUGUGGUUACAGUAAGGUUACCUAUUUGAGUGUAAUAUAAAUCCAAACAAAAUAAAUUAUGGGACAGACGAGUAUCAACACAUUAAGCCUCUCCAAUGAUGAAGAUGUCCUUGGAAAUGAUGAACAUUGUUCCAAAGGGGCUCUAACAGGGAUUUUUGGAUGGCUUUUACAGUUCAUUUUAGCAGCUCUUGCCUUUACCUGCCUUAUCGUGAAGCGUUACUGUGAGCCGAGGUUUGAGAGGAGGCCAUGGCGGAUAUGGUUUUACGACACGUCCAAGCAAGGUUUGGGAGCUUUGUUUAUGCACAUGUCCAACAUAUUUCUCUCCGGUCUCUUCCAGGGGGAUCCUUGCACUUGGUAUAUCAUAAACUUCCUCCUAGAUUCCUCAAUCGGUUUGCUGCUGAUUUACAUUGGAAUCCGUUUAACACAAUUUGUAGCCAAAGUGAAACAGUGGGAUUCCAUCAACUUUGGAGAAUACGGAAUGCCACCCUCCACCAACGCUUGGCUGUCCCAGUGCUGUCUUUACAUCCUGCUCAUGUUUCUGGUCAAAGUGAUCAUCACAGUGCUCAUACAGUUCCAGUUCUGGGACAAAGUGCGCGAGCUCAUUCUCUAUCCGUUUCCCAACCAAGACGUAGAACUGGCAGUGGUAAUGCUGAUUAUACCUCUCUUUGUCAAUCCCCUAGGACUCCCCUCCCAGGCUUUGAUGUUUUGGGUCACGGAUGACUUCCUAAUGCAUCGGUCGGAGACGAAAACCAACCGGUUGGUGCAGAAGACAAAAGUCCGCUAUCUGCACACUCGACUGCCUCGAACAGAGUCUGACUCGGACGUCGUGUUGUCAACAGACGAAGACAUCAUCGGAGACUCAAUACAGCAUUUGCGUUCAUCCAUUCUCUCCUGAUGCACUUCUUAUCAAGUUCGCACCAAAUUAGUAUUUAAGGGUACUUAAAAUAGUCUUAUUGUUAUGUUUGUGUUUUAUAUGAGCUUUUAUAUUUUUAUAUUUAUUCCUACAUGCAAGACGAGAGUUUCCAUCCUAGGUCGGUUGGCUUUGCUUAGAGUGUGUGGAUUUUGCGUGUUAAACAAGUGUUGUUUGUAGUAUGAGAUUGUGUGUGAAAGAGCUCAAAUUUUAAGAUAUAUUUGUAGUAGACCCAUGAUAGUCCAGAAUAAACUAGCGAUCGGUAGGUCAGAUUUACAAGUAACCAUUUGAUGUAAUGAAUUUUAAAUCGCUUGUAAAUAUUUAAAAACUUUCAACAGCAGUACUUCAUGUGAUGAAUAAACAUAACUCAGUCUCAGAACAUUCACUUUCAUAAUGUUGUGUUCACCAAAUUUAGUUGCAGUUUUAAUUUCUAGAUUUGCUGCCAAUAUAGUCUGUAUGAUUGAACUUGUCUCCUGACUAUCCAUCUACCUGGAGACUGCCCAAUGGGUUAAGGUUCGGAUCAGUCCCAGGUAGACAGAGGGUCAGGACACAGGUUCCAUCAUACAGACUAUAGUAACAAGCAGUUAGGUAUUGUUGUGAUAAAUGCUGAAGACCCACAAUAAAAUUUUAUAUCAUAGGCCUACUGUAUUGUUUGGACAGUAAAUAUGUAAAGGUGUGUAAAACAUCACCCUAGUUAUAAGUUUUGUCAUAACCGACCUCUUAAAACAAUAGCGCUAAGAUACUAUAGAAGUACGGAUUUGUUUUCUAUACAAUACAUGUGGGUUUUAAGGUUCCAAUAGGCCUACUAGUUUUUAGAAUUGAUACGGUUUACUCGGUUUUAGAUUAUCAAGAGACUAGUCCACUACAUUUAUCAACUAAGAGACUGAAGUUGAAUUAUAGUUUAGUACUGAUCAACUUUACUUUUAUGAAUUUUGUUGAAUACAGUGCCGGAUUUAGGGUACUUGCGGCCCUAGGCCAAAUUACUCCCCCUGUGGUGAAAAUUCCUUGCGAUCGUGGAAGUAAUAGUGACUAUCUCCUAUACAUCAAGGGGACAUCAUCAUCGACACCCGUGAUCCUGGAUGAAAUCAUGGACAUCUCUCCUAAACCAAGUCAAAGCCAUCAUAGUUAUCCGGGACCGCAGUAAAAUCGUGAACAUCUCCCGCGGGCUGCAAUCACGGGGACAUCAUAAUUGAAACUUGCGAUCGCGGCAAAGUCGUGUUAAAAAACCUCUCCCGUCGACUGCGAUCAUGACGACUUCAUCAUUGACACCCCGAGCCGCGGCGAAAUCGUUAACAACUCCCGUGAACCGCGAUCACAGGGACAUCAUCAUCAACACUCUCAGCCGCGGUGAAAUCAUGAACAUCUGCCGCGGGCCGCAAUCAUGGGAACAUCAUCAUCGACACUUGCGAUCGCGGCAAAGUCGUGUUAAAAACAUCUCCCGUGGACUGUGACCAUGAGGACUUCAUCAUUGACACCCACGGCCGUGCCGAAAUCGUAAACAUCCUCCUCGGUAAGCCACCACGGGGACAUCCACAUGGACACCCCCAGCCGCGGCGAAAUCGUUAACAUGACGCCAUUGUAUUAUUCUUAAUGAAAUUACAAAAUAAAGAAUGAAAAAAAAAACAUCUCCCGUGGGCCGCAAUCACGGGGAUGCAUCAUCAACACUCACAGCCGCGGUGAAAUCAUGAACAUCUGCCGCGGACCGCAAUCACGGGGACAUUAUCAUCGACACUUGUGACCGCGGCGAAAUCGUAAACAUCUCCCGCACACGGGCCGCAAUCACGGGGACAUCAUCAUUGACAACUCUAUACAGCAUCUAAUUCGUGAACGUCUCCUGCGGGCUGUGAUCAUAAAGAGACAUCCCCGUCACCCACGGCCGCGGCUAAAUCGUGAACGUCUCCCGCGGGCCGCAAUCACGGGACAUCAUCACAGGCACCCGAGGCCGCGGCAAAAUCGUGAACAUCUCCCUCGGUCCGCGGAGACAUCAUUAUGGUCA